GGAGGAGCCGUUUGUCAAUACUGUACAGCACUUGAACAUCAAGCUCUACAGAGACUCCAAGCACAGAAGCUUUUGCUGCCUCACUGAGGGGAGGCUGUAUGAAGACCUGCUUGGAUGGUGUCAGAAACGGAAGGUGCAUGCAGCACAGAUGCCAGCCUUCUCCAAAGAAUAACCUCUUCCUUCCCAACUGACACCAGCUCCUGCUACCAUGGGGCUGAAGGGUGGUUUCUUAGGCAGUGGACAAGUCCACAUCAUCCUGUGGGGAAGUUUGGCAGCCAUGACAACACUCCUGUUCCUCACCUUCCUAAUCUUCCUCUGCUCCAGCUGCAACAGGGAGAAGAAGGCCAAACAUCAGAAUGGAGAUCAUGAAAACCUCAUGAAUGUCCCUUCUGACAAGGAGGUGUUCAGCCACUCGAUCACAAGCUCAGCUACAGAGCCCCCUCCAAGCAGUGACCAGAAUGGGGCACUCAGCAAUGGCGAGGUACUCUCAGAGGACAGUACAACUGCCUGUAUCCAGCCUUAUGAUGAAGUGCAGACAUCUGUCUCUGAUCUGCUAGAUCCACAGGACAUUCUUGGCAAGUCUGUGAAAUGUCACCAGAGCAGGGAACUACCCAGUAUUCCCCCUAACACCACCAUGGAAACCAUCAUCUCAGCUAGGAAUGCAGAAAAUGAUCAAGGUCUUGGAAUGGAAGGGCCUUACGAAGUCUUGAAAGACAGCUCCUCUCAGGAGAACAUAGUUGAAGACUGCUUGUAUGAGACUGUGAAGGAGAUUAAAGAUGUUGGAGCAGUACCCAGCAUGGAAGGGAGCUGUAACAGCAAAUCAAAGGCUUUGCUGGUGGCUGCUGAAGGCCAGGCUCAGACGCCCGAGUGCAGGAUCGAAUCAGCAGAAUAUGCUUCUGUUGACCGGAACAAAAAAAGUCGCCAAAGUGCUAAUUCAGAAAGUCCUCUGGACAACACACCAGAUGUAGAGGAUGAGCUGCCCCCACCAGUACCCAUGAAACUUCUUGAUGAAAAUGAGAAUGUGCAAGAAAAAGAAGUGGAAGGAGAUGAUGAGACAGAAGGAGCAAGCAUACCAGAGAAGAGGCUUAGUUCAAUGUCUUACAAGUCUCGAGAGGAAGAUCCAUCUCUUACAGAAGAUGAGAUCUCAGCCAUGUACUCAUCAGUCAGUAAACCAGGACAGGCCAUCAAGGCACUGGAUUCUCCUUACACCUGUAUUCAAGAAAUCGCAUCCCAGAGGUCCCCAUCUGUUUGCAGUGGCCUCUAUGCAAGUGUGAAGGACUUUGAAAACACCCUGAAUACUACCACUGUGCCUCAGUCAACAGACAGACCAAACGGGGAGCUGGAGCCUGACUACGAAGCUAUCCAGUCAGUGAGCCAAGAAGAAGACAGAACCUUGUCUGUGCCUAACACAAACCACACAGCUCUUUCAGGAGAGAAUGACUACGAGAGCAUAGGGGACUUGCACAGGGAUUUCACCAGACUUUAACUACUCCAGCAGGCAGAUUUCUCCACUGGUAUUUUCACAGGAAUGCAUGGAAUGUGGAGAAGGAAGUACUUCUCUUGGGGAACGAAGCUAAAUAGUUGUGAAGCAGCAGCAUACAUUUCAGUCAGGGUGUGAUACCCACGAGGUGAUGCUGGGUGGUGGACGGAAGCUCAUGGGAAGGGCUACAUCAGGUCAGGUUGGUGGCCAGGACAACGUAAAGGCUCCUUUCUUGUUAGCUCCAAGACGACCAGAGUUUGGGAGGAAGUGUCCUGCUUGUCAUCCCCAUCCGACUACAUACCAAAAAACCUGCCUUUGCAGAAAGCUAACUUUUCAUUUACAGAGAGUAUUUUGUGUUCUUUGCUUCCAAGUGUGUUUCAAGCAUCUUUUUGCAUUCCAGUUGAGCAAAUCAGAGAUCACUGUACCUCAACUCAGACUUACUUGGCAGAGCUGGGGAAGCU